CACGAAUGGGCUCUUUGCUGUGAGCUUAUUACAAAGAAUUACAAACAAUAACGUGGUGCAAGGGAGUACAGCAGACCUUCAUGAGGGUUGCAUAAUCUUCUUUUUGAUUGGCUUCUCCAGCCUGCCAAGGCGAUCUGUAACUAUUAGGAGGUAACGAAUAAUGCAGAAUCAUAGGUCCCUGGAUUCCUGUGAUACAAGGGCGUAGCCAUGGGGGGGGGGGGCUGGGGGCACGUGCCUCCCAGGUACAACCACUAAAAAAGACAUAAAAUCACAGUUUGCCAUACUGAAUGGAUUGAACAAGGCUAAUAAAAGCUUCCCCCCUAAAAAAAACUACACCACUGAAAGCCAAUGCCCCUCACAAGAUGCUGCUGCCCCUUUUGACCCGCCCCCUAUUAAAAUCCUAGCUACGUCACUGGUGUGAUACCCUACGGCUUCACUGAAAUCAGUCGCUGGCUUGUUGCAUCUGCGACACACACUGAGUUUCUGAAUCUCGAUCAAUUUUAAGUUCAGUAAUUUUGAAUUUAACAGAAUCAGCUCGGUCCGUCAGCGACAGCGGAAACCAUGUCCCAUCUUCAGGAUGCAUUGUGGUUCCUAAACGUCCGCGCGGUGUUGAUGUGCUUGGCUGUUCUCCUUGUUUUUCGCUGGUUCUUCGGGCGACCUAAGAAUCUCCCUCCUGGCCCCUGGGGAUUCCCACUCAUCGGCUCUAUUCCGGCCAUCGUACGUGAAAUGCGACGGGGCGUGCUGCCCCACGAUCUCUUUAUGAGCUAUGCUGCCAAGUACGGGCCCGUGUUUCAAGUAAGGGUCCUCAACAAGACGGUGGUGGUCCUCAAUGACUACACUUCCGUGAAGGAAGCUUUCCAGCAUCUUCAGCUGAAUGACAGACCUAAGAUGCUCUUCACUGAGCUCUUCAGAAGUGAAGGUGUAGCAUCGGCAUCUGGCGAAAAAUGGACUGAUCUUCGACGAUUUUCUCUGACUGUUCUACGGAGCUUCGGCGUGGGUAAAACGAGCUUCGAAGAGAAGAUAGGAGAGGAAGCUGAAGCACUGAUGAAGGAGAUGUCUGCUUUCAACGAGAAACCUUUUAACCCCAAAUCUCUCCUCAGCAACGCAGUUUCCAAUGUCAUCUGCUCUGUCAUUUUUGGCAAGAGAUACGAUUACAACGAAAAGGAUUUCCAGAAACUUCUUAGCUUAAUUGGCGAAAAUUUCCAGUUGCUAGGUGUGGGUGGCGUCCUCAAUUUCAUCCCAGUUCUUCGCCAUCUGCCUUUCAUACAUAUUGAUAAGUUGGAAUCGAAUGUUGCAGAGCUUCGUAAUUUCUUCCUUGGUCUCAUCGACAAACACCGUGCUGCAUUCGAUGCUGAUAAUCUGAACGAUCUCAUCGAUGAGUUUCUGAAUGCAAUCAAAAUUAAUGAAGCUAAAGACAAAGCCGGUGCCAAGCAAAAUCAUCUGAGUGAAGAAAGUUUUAUUGGAACCGUGGCGAAUCUUUUUACAGCAGGCUCAGAGACGACAGCAACCACUCUCCAGUGGGCCCUCUUGUACAUGGUUGUCUAUCCCAAGAUCCAGCAGCGAGUUCAAGCCGAGAUCGACGCCGUAGUUGGUCGCAACCGCCUGCCCAGGAUGGCGGACAAAUCGCAACUGAACUUCACCCGAGCGGUUAUCUGGGAGGUGCAGCGACUGGCUAUUGUCGCUCCUUUGGGUGUUGCCCAUGCUGCCGCCUCCGAUACCCAGUUCCGUGGUUUCUCGAUUCCCAAGGGUGCUUUCCUCCUUUCCAACCUAUGGGCGGUCGCCCGAGACCCAAACGUCUGGCAAGAACCAGAUCAAUUCAAACCCGAGAGAUUCCUGAACAAGAAGGGAGAGGCUGUUCAAGCAGACGAGCUGAUACCGUUUAGCGUUGGUCGUCGUAGCUGCAUCGGGGAGCACCUGGCAAAGAUGGAGCUGGUGAUCUUCUUCAGCUACUUCAUGCAUCAGUUUACCUUCGAGCAGCCAGACGACUCACCACCGCUGUCUCUGAAGGGAAGAGUCGGUUUAACGUACGCGCCUGAAGAAUUUGAAAUCAGUGCCAUUAAGCGCGAGUAACCGAAAAAAAGUCAAGAUGGUUUGUGCUGGGACGAGACUCUUAUCCAA